ACUCUGGGUCCGUCGGGCAGAAUGGAGAAUCCGGGUGUGCCUCCCGGACCUUAUCGGGCCACCAAGUUGUGGAAUGACGUUAAGACAUCUUUUCGGGCAGGAAUGCCUCUAAGAAAACAUAGGCAACAUUUUAAAAAGCAUGGUAAUUGUUUCACAGCUUGUGAAGCAGUGGACUGGCUUUAUGACCUACUAAGAAAUAAUAGCAAUUUUGGUCCUGAAGUUACAAGGCAACAGACUAUCCAACUGCUGAGAAAAUUUCUUAAGAAUCAUGUAAUUGAAGAUAUCAAAGGCAGAUGGGGAUCAGAAAACCUUGAUGACAACAAUCAACUAUUCAGAUUUCCGGCAACUUCUCCACUUAAACCUCUUCCAAGAAGGCAUCCAGAACUGAGAAAAAACAGCAUAGAGAACUUGUCCAAAGAUAAUAUUUUCAAAUUACAAAACUUAUCUCGUAGAACUCCUAAAAAGCAUGGAUUACGUUCCUCUCAGGAAAAUACAGAGAAAAUGAUGUAUGAAAUAAUGAAUGAAGAUCAAGAAAACACAGUUGAUAACAGAGAAAUAAGACAAGAAGAUGUAGAAGAAGCUUGGAGAUAUAUUGUACUGAUCUACCUACAAACUAUUUUAGGUGUAUCAUCCCUAGAAGAAGUCAUAAAUCCAAGACAAGUACUUCCUCAAUAUAUAAUGUAUAACAUGACCAAUACAAGUAAACAUGGAGUAGUCAUAUUACAAGACAAAUCAGAUGACCUUCCUCACUGGGUAUUAUCUGCCAUGAAGUGCCUAGCAAAUUGGCCAAGAAGUAAUGAUAUGAAUAACCCAACUUAUAUUGGAUUUGAACGAGAUGUAUUCAGGACAAUUGCAGAUUAUUUUCUCAAUCUCUCUGAACCUCUACUUACCUUUGAAUAUUAUGAAUUAUUUGUGAAUAUCUUGGUUGUUUGUGGCUACAUCACAGUUUCACAUAGACCCCAUGGGAUACCUAAAAUGCAAGAUGAUCCACAGUCUUCACAAGCCCUUCACUCACCUAGUUUGAAUUCCUUCAAAUCAACUGAAUGCCUUCUUCUCAGUCUGCUUCAUAAAGACAAAAACAAGGAUGAAUCCGUUUCUACAGAAAAACUGACAAAAAGUAAUCAAGGAUCUAAAGAAAGAUGUGCUAAGAAAAUGCAACCCAUUAAAUUAAGAAACAGAAGAGCCAGUGCUAAUAACAUAAUGGGAGGAAGCUGUCAUAAUUUAAUAGGCUUGAGUAGUAUGCAUGCUCAGUCUUCUAACAUCAAAUCGAGGUGCUAUUCUUUGGAAGGAAUUGUAGAUGUAUCACAUAGCUCAAGUAAAGAUGUCUCCACUGUCUUCCACCAAUCUGUUGUGCAUUCAGAUGUACAAAACAAUAAACAAUUUAUAGAGCCUCAGCCCUUAUUAAGUCUUCAUUCAAAGGAAAAUUAUCAAAAGCCACUCUCUGUUGGUUAUAAGAGAACCUCUACUUUGACUGUUCAAGACCAAGAAGAGUUAUGUAAUGGGAACUGCAAGCCAAAGCAGCUUUGUAGGUCUCAGAGUUUGCUUUUAAGAAGUAAUACAAGAAAGAGUAGUUGUAUCAAUACACCAGUGGCUGAAAUUACCGUUAGACCAGAUCAUAUCAAUCAAAUUGGACAAGGCAACACAAGUGCACAAACAGCUACGGAAAGUCAACCUGGAGAACCUGCCACAUUCAGUAAAAGACUCUGCAAAAGCACAAUAGAACUUUCAGAAAAUUCUUUUUCUCCACCUUCUAUGUUGGCUGGCACACAAAGUUUGCUGCAGCCUCAUUUAGAGAGGGUUGCCAUCGACGCUCUGCAGUUAUGUUGCUUGUUACUUCCCCCACCAAAUCGUAGAAAGCUUCAACUCUUAAUGCGUAUGAUUUCGCGUAUGAGUCAAAAUGUUGAUAUGCCCAGACUCCAUGAUGCAAUGGGUACAAGAUCACUGAUGGUACGGACAUUUUCUCGUUGUGUGCUAUGCUGUGCAGAAGAAGUAGAUCUUGAUGAGCUUCUUGCUGCAAGAUUAGUUUCCUUCUUAAUGGAUCACCAUCAGGAAAUUCUUCAAGUACCCUCUUACUUACAUACUGCAGUGGAGAAACAUCUUGACUACUUAAGAAGCGGUCAGAUAAAAAUUCCUGGAGAUGGACUGAUUGAUCCUUUGCCAACUUACUCAUACUGUAAGCAAAUAAGUGCUGAAGAGUUUGAUGAACAAAAAAUUUCUACCUCUCAAGCUGCAAUUGCAGAACUUUUAGAGAAUAUUAUUAAAAACAAUAGUUUGCCUCUAAAGGAGAAGAAAAAAAAACUAAAACAGUUUCAGAAGGAAUACCCUUUGAUAUAUCAGAAAAGAUUUCCAACCACUGAGAGCGAAGCAGCACUUUUUGGCGACAAACCUACAAUCAAGCAACCAAUGCUGAUUUUAAGAAAACCAAAGUUUCGUAGUCUAAGAUACUGACUAAAAAAUUAUAUACUUAAGAAAUUUUAAUAAAUGAAGCCAUAUCUGAAAACUUGUAUACUAAAAAGGAUGUCUGUUGUUAAUGAAGUUUUCCUAAAUAGGAUGUCAAGAGAUAUCAAAAUAGCUUUCAUAAAUGCAUUUUCAACGUGAGAUUUCUAACAAAAUACUGAAUCUCAACUAAGAGCAAAGAAGAGAAAAAAGUGAUCCAAAUAUUUUAACCAGAAACAAUCUUUUUAAUAGAACUAUGGAAAAAUUGUGAAGUAUAUAAGGAUUUUAUUUACUUGCAUUUUGAACAUUGACAUGUGUUUAAGAUUCAGCUAUAAUUCUGUUUUUAAAAGAAAACUUAUCUGAUAUGUGAUUAUGCAUAAUUAGCUAAAAUGCUAGUAAGUUCCUUACUUUGUUUCUUAGUGUACUUGAAUGUGAAAAAUAAUUGAAGACAAUUCUCAACUGCUAAACUUGCACUCCUUUGUGUAUUUUUUUUUUCUGGUUUUGGUCUAUUUAGAUAUAUGUGUAUGUGUGUAUUUUUAAACUAUGCAUGUAUGAGUUCCUAAAAGGGGCUUUGAAAGGUUUAUGGAGAAAUGAAAUGAAAAGAUAAUGAAAUUAUUUUCAUGAACUUUUUGAACUCCCCUCAUAUAUAUAUAACAUGCACUCGCGUGCGCACACGUGUUUAAAAUUAUAUUUUGUCUUAAGCAUUUAUCCCAAUUGAUUCAAUCACUGUCUUUUUUUUUUCCAAAAAAAAUCUUUUGAAUUCUUAUGAUCAUGUAUCUACUAAAAGAUGAAAUAUAAUAAAAGAACUAUAAGGCACUCGCGUAUUAAUUCAAAGGGUACAUAUGUAGGAACUGGUAGCAUAGUGGUUACUCUUUGGGCUGCUAACCACAAGGUCAGCAAUU